AUGCCUUUCCGUUGCAAAUGUGGUAGAACCUUCGAAAAAACUGAUUCCUUUGCAUCGCAUACUUCUGCAUGUGCUCCAUUCCAUCAUCGCCGUAUGUCCGAUACAACUCAAUUAUCAACCUCAAAUCAACAGCAAAAUCAAACAUUGCCUUUCAUUAACACAGCUUCAUUCUCAAGAGGCUUCUUGGGAGGUUCUACUUCACCACGAGCUACGUCUCCUUCUGACUCUAUCACUACUACGGAUAGCACAGGUGCCUCGUCUCAAAUAAAUGAUCUAUCCAGCUCCGUGCCAAGUAGCUUCUUUAUGCCAACUGCGCUCUCCCUUCAAAAUGCGUUUGAAGGUGCCAGAAGAAGAUCCAUGUCCUACGGCUCGUCCCUCAAAUAA